AUGAACAAACAUGCAUCACCAUCUGAUAAUGACAAUCACUUCAAUAUUGUUUUGCAACAUUCCACUGCUAUUCAUCUGGAACUAACAGUUAGUUUAAAGACAGGAAGAAAAGCCAUCUCUGUGCUUGUUUUAGAGCACACUGGGAGGCCACAUGAAAAUCCGAAACUAAUGGUAAGACAACACCUAUCCUUUUGCCUUUGCCAUCUGCACUCUUUGUGA